AUGGAGAGCUUGGAGAUUGAAAAGAGGACCAAGGUGUCACGGGCAUGUGAUUAUUGCAAGCGACGCAAGUUCAAAUGCUCGGGCCAAGUGCCGUGCGACUUGUGCUCAAAGAAGCAGAUGGAGUGCACGUUUAGCAUUGUUGACCGGAGAACCAUUAGGAGAAAGAAUAAGAAACGAACCGUCAAGGCCAAACUGACAGCGAGCGACGAGGCGCCAGAGGCAGCUGCGCCCUUGAACACAUUUGUACAUAAAAACUUUCAAAGUGACGGCCAUAUCGAUAAGGAUACGUUGAAACUAUUGAAGCAAAAGAGCAAGAUUCCAGUUCACUUCCAGCCAUUGACGAUAUUCCCCUUGCACAAGGUGGACGGCAAAAAUGACGAAGAAGAGAGCGAAGAAGCUUCAAUAAAGAGAGACGAAAGAAAAGAGAGCUCAUUGAGCAGCGAGGAAACCGAUGAGAAAAUAACAACUGCCACUGGCGACUCAGCCGUGCCCAAAACGGUUCAAGGCACCAGGGCGAAAAUGCUGCUAAAAGAAAAAGUGGCACCAUCUGUUGAUGUAAAGACGAGAGUUUCUGAACAGCCACUCGAUCGCAACCGCCAUCGCGACGACGAUAAGAACCACGACCACGAUCACGAUCACGAUGAUGGCGGUAGCGACUGCUCCCUGCAAGCAUUUGGGACAACUGCCCAUUUACUCGCAAAGACGUCGGUUCCCGAUACUGUGCGCUCACAGAGAGCUCUAUACGACUCCGAUGGGAACCUCCGAUACGUGGGCGAAUCUUCACCGCUCUCCUUUUUAUUUGAGUGCCGCAACCUCUUCAAAACCUUGAUUGGAGAAUCGGCAUUCACAACAGACCUGGACUCGUUUGAAGUCUUUGACGAGCCAGACGAGUUUUCCGAAAUCGUACAAGUAGCAUUACCAAACAAGGAGACCUUGUCCCACAUUUUGAGAUUUUUCUCCAUCAAUGUCAACAUGACAUGCUACAUUCUAGACCCCGUUGCUUUUGAAAAAAAUGUCAUCACCCCCAUCUACACCAACUACUCGGCGUGCUCCAUCGAACAGAUUGCGGUUAUAAACCUCGUGAUAGCGCUUGGUCUCUUGUACGCCGAAACAAUGAAGCACCCGAUAAUCUACCAAUUGCAAUCGCCGCAGAUGAAGUCGGCAGCGUAUUUCGAAUACGGGAUCUACUUGACGAAAAAAUACAUGAACAUUGGCAAGUUGUGGAUCACGGAAGCUUUCUACUUGGCGCAAUUCUAUUACCAAGCAAAGCAACAAAGAAACAAUGCUUGGCUCAUGUUGGGGAUGUCGAUCAGAAACGCGCAGGCCUUGGGGCUCCACCGGCGAUAUAUAAACGAAUCAUUUAAAGAUCCCGCUUAUACACGCCACAGGCGUAAAUUGUUUAAAAGCCUUUACGUUUGUGAUCGUAUCGCUUCGGUGUUGCUCGGACGGCCUUUGGUCAUUGAUGACUACGACUGGGACGAUUUUCUGAGCGAAGACAUAUACGAGAAGGACAAGAAUGGGAAGGUGAUUGAGGACGUGCACAUGAAGGCGCUUUUUGAAACUUGCAAGUUGGCCAAGAUCUUGGGCAGUGCAAUCAAAAGUUUCUACUUGGAUGGCAUCAUCGACCCGUACAAGGCGGAGAAGCUUGCCAUCGACGUCAAGAUCUGGUCGAUGAACCUACCGGAGUCUUUGCAGAUUGAUAAAGUGAUUGACUACAGCCAGAUUGAUGUCGCCGUGGGGACUACUUGGGGCGAUGGGCCGACAGAUGUCAAGAUCCCGCUCUUAUUGAUACACUUGUCACAAUUGUACGCCAUCACGUUGCUAGCGCGGCCGUUCUACAUGUAUGUGAUUUUCAGGGACAAGCGAGGCAAGAGCAUUUUGAAGCGGCCAAAGAACCGACAAGAGAUUGCAAUGUGCAAUUUCACAAAGGCGACGGUGAAGGCGUCCUGUUUGAUCAUCCAGUUUAUUGAGUGCUACACCGACUACAUCAAAUACAUGAACCAAAGAGUAGAGUCCUAUGCCAUAGUCCAUUGCGUGUUUAUGGCGGCUUUGAUUGUCGGUCUAUCUGUUUUAUGCGUUGAACUAAACCAGUACCACUCCAGUGAAGGCUACAAUACUCCCAAACUCAUGGGCUUCUUGAACUCCACAAAGAAGAUUUUCUGCCAUUUCCUGUUGACCAAUCCCAUGGCCAGCAGGUUUCUCAAUAUUAUCGAAAAAAUGCAGCAGGCGAUAAUGACGAAAUUUGCGUUUGAUGUUGACGGCCACCCUUUGAAACAGCAAAAAGCAAAGCCCAAAGCUGCAACUUCCAAGAACCAGGCGGCUGCGACAGCCGCGUCGAAAUCGGUUGAAAAUACCGACGCGAAAAAUGUUGGACUGAGCAAAGUAAAGAAGGAGCUGCAAACUGAGCUUGAAGGAGAAGGCGAUUCGAAUGCACCAGUCAAGGGUGCCGACCAGCUGAAUUCGCCCUACUCGUCUGUUGGUUCUGCUCCCACCUCGACAGCGAAUACGACGACCCCCAACAGCGGAAGCGCUCCCACUUCGACUGGAGAAGCCGAAGUUUACAACUUUAACAAGGACUACGAUCAUUUCAUUGACACUUUUGGCUUACUACUUCCGGAGUUGCAAAACAACGACUUUGCAAAUAUCAUGCAGUACUCACCGCUGCAGGACCAGGAACGACAAUUCCAACCCCAGCAGCUGCAACAGCUGCAACAGUCGCACUUGCAAGGUUCACUACACACACAAGAUGUUCAUAAUCAACAAGGACAGCCAUACAGGGAUCAAGCUCACGGCUAUCAUGCUUACGGCGCACUUGAUUCCGGAUACGACAACCAACAGAAUCUGAGGCGACUUUACGGAUAUCCUCCUAAUUACAUGAACCACCAGCAUUAUCAAACGGGACAUGGUGGUGUUGGUGGUGCUGGUGUUGGCGGUGUUGGUGUUGGCAGCAGUGGCUUGCCCAGCACAAGCUAUCCAGAUUCGAAUUUGAGGACAAGCUCGUUUAACACCGCAAAUGCUACAGAGAACGGGAACAACAAUAAUGGCCGCAAGAGGAGCCGAGACCAGUUAGACGACUUUAUGUAUAGUGUUGGGUUGAAUGAUCUAUUGUACGAUGCCAAAAUAUGA